GCCACGGCGAUGGUGACGGUUGCAGACAAUAGAAUUUCGCUGGCGCCGGGCGUCCGUCCGUGCUCGGAGAAGAAGGCGAGUGCGAUGGCAGCAAACGUGGCGCUGCCCUCCACCUCCGCCUCCUCGGUCCUCCGUAGCCGCCUCCCUCCUCGCCGCUCCGCCUGCCCCCGCAGAGCAGCCUCCAGGCUAUCCAUCGUGGCUGCGAUGAGCGACGACCCACUCAAGGAGUGGAUCCUCGCAGAGGGGAAGGCCACCCAGAUCACAGGGACCAGCUCCAUUGGGGGCGGCUGCAUCAACGCCGCCCAACGCUACGACACCGAUGCUGGCUCCUUUUUUGUGAAGACCAGCAGGCGCAUUGGUCCAGCUAUGUUUAAAGGGGAGGCUCUGGGCUUGAAGGCGAUGUAUGACACCAAGUCAAUCCAUGUCCCUUUGCCGUACAAGGUUGGUUCAUUACCAACUGGUGGUUCUUUUAUCAUCAUGGAGUAUAUUCAAUUUGGUCGUUCUAGGGGUGACCAGGUAACCUUGUCCAGAAACCCCUUUCGUUCAAAGAAAAAGACAGCUCUAGGAAGAAAGCUGGCUGAAAUGCAUAAAGCUGCAAAAUCUGACAAGGGCUAUGGUUUCUAUGUUGAAAAUACUAUUGGAAGCACUCCACAAAUCAACACUUGGACUGCUGACUGGAUUGAGUUUUACUCAAAGCAUAGACUGGGAUACCAGUUGAAGUUGAUAUCACAGCGGUUCGGAGAUUCAGCCAUAUAUGAAAAAGGUCAGCAAUUGAUUGAGAAAAUGCAUCCACUGUUUGACGGUGCUGUUAUUGAACCAUGCCUGCUUCAUGGAGAUUUAUGGAGUGGAAAUAUAAGCGCUGAUACCAAUGGAGAUCCUGUAAUAUUGGAUCCAGCAUGCUACUAUGGACACAAUGAAGCAGAGUUUGGGAUGUCCUGGUGUGCUGGAUUCGGAGGGGAAUUCUACCGCUCCUAUUUCGAGGUGAUGCCAAAGCAGCCAGGCUUUGAGAAGAGGAGGGACCUGUAUCUCCUAUACCACUACCUGAAUCACUACAACCUUUUCGGCUCUGGGUACCGCUCCUCGGCUAUGUCCAUAAUCGAAGACUGCCUGCAGAUGCUGAAGGCGUAGCCUCGUCUUCUCUGAGAACAAGAAUUUUCCAACCUCUGCUUCUCAGUGAAUUCUGUUAACGAACAAUGCAUGUAUAAAUGCCAUGUUCUAUGUGUACCCCUUGAUAUGUUGUGGAUUCGCAGUGAAAUCCUUACAUUCUGUUGUAAAAUCAUUACCAACUAAAACUUCCUUAUAUGAUUACAUCUGUAAAUAUAUAUCAGUAAUAAUCCAUCA